AUGAAAGUCUACAAGUUGUAUGAAUUGCGACGUUAUUAUGCUAGAGUAUCAUCAUUAGCAUUUGCUUUCGACACUUUCGUGGUUCUUAUAAUUACGAUAAUACCAUGGAUCAUCUCGUAUGUAACGGGUUUCAUGUAUAUAAAUUCUUAUGCUUUCCCAGAGAAACCUCUGAUAUCGUUCGACGGAAACAUGCUUCUUUUUCUCCAGAAGAGUGAUGGUUUUCUUUAUUAUGGUAACAUACCACAAAAGGAAACCAACCAUCUAUUGAAAUCUUCGCUUAGGCUACCUCAAAUCAGUUACUACAAUUCUAAAAAUAAAAACAUCAAUGAAGAAGUGGCAGUUAAUAUUAAUAUCAAGUUUCCUCUGUCGCCGUCGGAAAAAAUAAUUGGUCUCACUAUUGUACUAUUGGUUGAUGUUACCUUGUUGCGUUUUUACAAUAAGCUAGAAAAGGUUCCAGUAUUUAUAAACAAAGUUUUUCGGUCACAUACUAGUGGAUUUCUAUAUUCUGGGGACCUUUUGUGCUUUCGGAAAUACUUGUUACCUUCUACACAAGCUAGUACUUAUUAUGAAACCAAAACGAUUCCAAGCAAAAUCUUUGAGCUAUCAACAAACAUCUCAAGAGCUGGAUACUACUUACUUGAAGAUAGAAUAAGUGUACCUAUAAUACGCGAAAGUCUUUCAAGUACUUUUGAUAUAGAACUCUCUGUGUACUUCUCCUCUCUAAGAAUCAGUGUUAAUCCAGGAUUUUGGUAUACCAUCAAAUUUGCAUGGGUUCAAUAUUUAUCAAUUGGUUUAGUGAUUUUUUAUUUAGCUGAAAAAAUGAGAGGAUACAUUUACGAUAAACAAAUAGUCAGAACAAUUGUAAAGUCAACCAUUCCAAAAUCUUUGGAUUAA